UUGAUGGCUCGGUCACUGGACGGAGGGCAGCAGUACACACAACCAUGGCGCUCACGCUCACUCGGCUUCUGCCUCGGAAUUUGAGCAUUGUGGUGAAAGGGAAAGUGCAGGCACGAUGCUUUCAUUUAUCCCCUCUGGUCACUGCUGCCCAGAAGGUGGCCAUGUCACACCUGGACCCUGGCUCAGAAAUGCCAUAUGAUAAACUACAAGCAACUCUUGAUGUCGUCAAGCAAAGAUUGAAUCGUCCUCUAACCCUCUCAGAAAAGGUGUUGUAUUCUCACUUGGAUGAUCCUGCCAGUCAAGAUAUUGUACGUGGGGAGUCCUACCUAAAGUUGCGGCCAGAUAGAGUAGCCAUGCAAGAUGCCACUGCACAGAUGGCCAUGUUGCAGUUUAUUAGUUCUGGGCUGCCCCGAGUGGCUGUACCUUCAACAAUUCACUGUGACCAUCUUAUUCAAGCCCAGAUUGAUGGACCCAAGGACCUUCAGCGUGCCAUUGAACAGAACAAGGAAGUGUACAACUUCCUAGCGACUGCAGGUUCAAAAUAUGGAGUUGGCUUCUGGAAACCUGGUUCAGGCAUCAUCCAUCAAAUCAUCUUGGAGAAUUAUGUCGGUCUACUGAUGAUUGGAACAGACUCUCACACUCCAAAUGGUGGUGGUCUGGGAGUGUGUAUAGGUGUUGGUGGAGCUGAUGCUGUUGAUGUUAUGGCCGAUAUUCCUUGGGAACUGAAGUGUCCACAGGUGAUUGGUGUGAAGCUGACAGGUAAACUGAGUGGCUGGACAUCACCGAAAGAUGUCAUCCUUAAAGUUGCUGGUAUUCUGACAGUUAAAGGUGGCACUGGAGCAAUUGUUGAGUACUUUGGCCCUGGUGUUGAUUCUAUUUCUUGCACUGGCAUGGCAACAAUUUGCAACAUGGGUGCUGAAAUUGGUAAGUUGACUGGGGUUGUUUUGCUGAAAUAUUCACACGUUUUCCUUUUUUUUUCACCUCAGGAUAUUGGUGACACUGCAAAGGAGAAGGGUUGGCCUAUUGAAGUCAAGGCUGGUCUUAUUGGAUCAUGUACUAACUCAUCCUAUGAAGAUAUGGGUCGCUGUGCAUCAAUCGUCAAGCAAGCCAUGAGCCAUGGACUGAAAGCAAAGUCCAUCUUCCACAUCACACCAGGAUCAGAACAAAUUGUACCAUUGAACGAGAAUGAAUUGUGGGUGAAGAGUGAUUGGGUGGAGGCAGAGACCUUGCGUGACUUUGGAGGUACUGUUUUGGCUAAUGCCUGUGGUCCAUGUAUUGGUCAAUGGGAUCGUCAAGAUGUCAAGAAGGGAGAGAAGAAUACCAUUGUUACUUCAUAUAAUCGUAAUUUUACUGGACGUAAUGAUGCUAACCCUGCCACCCACGCCUUCGUUACAUCUCCAGAGUUGGUAACUGCUAUGACACUAGCAGGCAGGCUGGACUUUGACCCAAGAAAUGACACUUUAGUUGGAAGUGAUGGACAAGAGUUCAAACUCAAGGAUCCUUAUGCUGAUGAAUUGCCAUCCCGUGGAUUUGAUCCAGGCGAGGACACCUACCAGGCACCUCCAGACGAUGGUUCAAAUGUUAAUGUUGAUGUGAGUCCAGAAUCACAACGAUUGCAGCUCCUUUCACCUUUUGACAAGUGGGAUGGUAAAGACUUAAAAGAUUUGAAUAUUCUCAUCAAGGUGAAGGGAAAGUGUACAACAGACCACAUUUCUGCUGCUGGCCCCUGGCUUAAGUUCCGUGGCCAUUUGGAUAACAUCUCCAACAACAUGUUCCUGGCAGCUGUCAAUGCUGAGAAUAAUGAUAUGAACAAUGUUCAGAAUAAGGCAACAGGAGAGUGGGGCCCAGUACCUGCCACUGCCAGAGCAUAUAAGGCCAGUGGCAUAAGGUGGUGUGUCAUAGGUGACGACAAUUAUGGUGAAGGAAGUUCACGAGAACAUGCUGCUCUUGAGCCUCGUCAUCUAGGUGGGCGUGCAAUUAUUGUGAAGUCCUUUGCCCGUAUCCAUGAAACCAACCUCAAGAAACAGGGAAUGUUGCCUCUCACUUUUGCUGAUCCUGCUGACUAUGACAAGAUUGGAUCUGAUGACAAAAUUUCCCUCCUUGGAUUAGCAGAAUUUGCUCCAGGAAAGCCGAUUGAGUGUCGCAUCACACAUCCCGAUGGUUCCACAGAAACCAUCAAGCUGAACCACUCGUGUAAUGAACAGCAAAUUACCUGGUUUAAGGCAGGUUCAGCUCUAAAUCGCAUGAAAGAAGUAGCAGCUGGCAAGUAAAAUAAUGAUAAAACAAAAGUGGUGUACAUAACCCACCUCAUUCUGUGAAGGCCACACAACCUGGCCAGUCAUAUUUGGUGAUAAUGCUGGUAUGUAGUGUCCAUAGGUUGUCUUAUUCAUUCUAUAAAUGAAACGUAGAGGUUUUGAUGUGAAUACUAUAACAUGAAGUGCUAUGUAACAUUAAAGAGAAGAAAUAUACAUGUAGACAUGAAUGAAUUUCACAUUAUGCAGUAGACAAGGUUGGUGGGAGAUUAAUUUGUCAUAAUUUGCACAUUAAUUUCAGGUGAUAUUGCUUUGGGGGGGGGGGCUGAGAUACAAUUUAAAUGAAUGCUGUAACAGUAGUUUAUAGCAGUCAAAGUGUGUAACCAGCCAUUGCGUGAAAUGGCUGAAAUUUAACUUGGAAACUUUUAUUUAAAUGGAUCUGCAGAUAACGUUGCUCAACAACUCUAAGUUAAGAAAGCUCAACUUCAAAUUAAAAAUCUACAAUAAUCACAUAAAGUUAGAAGGACCACUUUACACUCAUUUUUUUGCACAUGUGAGACUAUGACAAUGGCUAUUACAAUUUUGUUUAGCCUUGCAACACUUGCAUCUAUUUGUACCACACUUUUUCUUGCCAGUACCACAGUUACGUCUUUCAAAACCCUGACCACUAGUGGCUGUAGACUUUAAAGCCUACCAAAGGGAGACCUGCUCAUCUUGCUAGGCAUCACACUGAGUAAGAAGUUUCUGAUUACAUGCAUACUUGGUCUUCAGUAUCCCACUUUUAACGGCUAUAGUGUAGAGGUAAUUUUCAUCGGGAUCAAUGAUGUUGCAUGCGCCUCCCAUUUACCCUAUCGACCAUGGAAAUGGGAACAGCAUUAUUAUCUCCCAUUUCCCCUGCCUUCAGGUCUAUGCAGCUGUGCCUUACCAUGUGCUCAGCAUGUGAGAGCAUUGCUUGUAUGGCUCUCUUCCAUUACUCUGCUAUGUCAUAUUGGCAUCUUGCAAGUGAUGAAGGACUGAGUGGUAGAGGCUGGUCAUGGGUGUGGGCUGGUGCUCUUUGGGAAUUAAUUUCUUUUGACACUACUGAUAUUUUUUGAAAAGUGCUUGUCUAAACUCGGCUUCAAAAUUACCCUAAGCCAUUCUGGACUGUAGCAAAGCCAGUAGACAACUGAUCAAGGACUAAUAUCACCCUCCUUUUAUACCUACCCACUGGUGUUUGGUAAACAAAGCAGUAUGUGACUGUCACACCCAACUUUAACCUGGUGAAGUGCUAACGACCACUUCAAAUAAUAACUUGUUUUGAUACACACGCAAGUCAUUUUAGCCAUAUCAUGAAAUGACAAAGCUAGAAUUUUUGCCAUUUCAUGCAAUGGCUGAAGAUUUUGGGCGUUUUAUGAAAUGACCAAGUCAUCACGUGAAAUGGCUUGUUACACACUUUGUUUUAUAUAUAUAUAUAUAUAUAUAUAUAUAUAUAUAUAUAUAUAUAUAUAUAUAUAUAUAUAUAUAUAAUGAGUAAUAGCAUAAUCCUUAUACUUGUAUGUUCAGUUUUGAUUGAUAGGUUCUGACUACUUAAGUUUGUUUCAUACACACACACUUGAAAUUUCUUGAAGUAUUGUAUUGUACAGAGAUUGUUGAUGCAGUAGAAGCACUCUUAAUGCUUCCAAUAAUGACCUUGCGUGCUGGGGGAUCUGAAUUUUUAGGUUGGUACAGUGUCAUUAGUGUUGUACAUGUGGUAUUGUUGGUUAGGAUGAAAUAGAUUUUUUAUUAUAACUGUAAAUUAACCUUUAACUUAAUUUUGAGGUACUGUACAAGCACAUGCCAGUAAAGAGUUUACAAAAGUGAUAUGCCAAUGAUUUUUUCAUUGGUGAUCACUACUCCCACAGGUGGCAUUAAUAACUAUGAUUCAUUUGCAAGUCUUGGAUUGGUAUUUGUGUAUGGUACCUGAGCCUAAGACUUGUAAAGUAUCUUAGUUAUGUUUCCAAAAUUCAUGCUCAAACGAUAUAAUGUAUCAAUUGAAAUUAGAUGGAGGACUGUAUAUAAUUGUCAAUAAAGUUUAAAUUAAUAUAUAUAUACUGUAUAUAUAUAUUGGCAUUUUUUA